UGAAACAGCUAACAAUAGAUUACGUGCUAAAGCUGAUGUGACUUCACAUAUCUAACACUCCUUUGGCUGCAUGGAAAAGGUGCCGAUCCAUUGAUAUGGCACCUGCUCGUAAAAGAAACAGCACAGAUGGUGCAACCGUACCUUAGUUCAAAUCGUAUGGUGCAUCUCUUCUUCCGAGUAUCGCUUAUCUACACAUCAAGUAUAAAGUCUACGGUCUUAUAGUUGGAACUGCACCCUUGCAGUGACUUAUUCUCUUGGGUUCUCUCCUCGUUUGAAGAUGCUUUCCGCCUUCUUCGUGCUCUCUUCGCUCAUCGUUGCUGCAUAUUCAAGCCCCGUCGUCAUUCCUCGAAGCCCAGUGUCCCUUCCCAUUGCGAAGAAAUUCAACUUCAAUGGGACGCGUACCAUCGUGGAACGAGAUCGGGCUCGAGUGGCUGCACUUCGAUCCCGUGCAGAUGGUGCAAGGAAUGUCACCAGACGUGCUGUCGUUAAUGAGGACGUAGACAACGUUGCCGUUGUCUACUCCGCUUCGAUUGGCGUUGGUAGCCCUGCAACAACUUACGAGUUGAUCAUCGACACCGGCAGUUCAAAUACCUGGGUUGGUGCAGGGACCAGGUACGUCCAGACGUCCACUAGCACAGAGACCUCCAAUCGAGUUUCUGUUACCUAUGGUUCUGGAUCAUUCUCUGGGAGGGAAUACAUCGACCAAGUUACUAUCACCUCAGACUUAGUCAUUAAAUCGCAGUCAAUUGGCGUGGCUUCCACUUCCUCUGGCUUUUCUGGCUUUGACGGUAUCCUUGGAAUCGGGCCCGUUGACCUCACCGAGGGCACCUUGUCUCCGGCUACCACUACACUCAUUCCCACCGUCACCGAUAACCUCUAUAGUCAGGGAUCGAUCACAAACGAUGAAAUUGGUGUGUAUUUUGCGCCUACGACACAAGAAGAGGUCGUCAACGGGGAGCUUUCCUGGGGUGGUUCGGAUAGCUCCAAAAUAAGUGGCACUAUAGGCUAUGCCCCACUUACAACCACCUACCCGGCAAGUGUAUACUGGGGUAUUGAUGAGUCCAUCACCUAUGGGACCUCGACGACCAUCUUGUCUUCCACUGCUGGUAUUGUCGAUACUGGGACGACCCUCGUCUACAUUGCUUCUGAUGCGUUUGCGAAGUACAAGACGGCCACCGGUGCCACCCUGGAUAGCAGCACCGGUCUUCUUCGUAUCACCUCAUCUCAGUACUCCAGCCUUUCCAGUCUGUUCUUCAACAUCAACGGCGUAUCAUAUGAGCUCACACCCAACGCUCAAAUAUGGCCUCGUUCGCUGAACACGGACAUUGGAGGUAGUUCCAGCGCCAUCUAUCUGAUCGUUAACGACCUUGGCACGAAUUCCGGUGAAGGCCUUGAUUUCAUCAAUGGCUACACUUUCUUGGAGCGCUACUACACGAUUUUCGAUACGGCAAACUCGAGGAUCGGGUUUGCUGCGACGUCAAACACUGAUGCUACUACGAAUUAGUUGUAGGAGAGGGGGGACUCGGAGUUCCUCAACAUAUUUUCAGGCAGCUAUGAUCCAAACUCAAUAAACAUUUGAUUAUUGUCGUAUUUUUUUCGUUAUCACAUUAGGUCAUUCGAACCCGAUUUUGUGUUGGUUGCGAGGCCUGAAUACGAUUUCGCGGUAGUAUCUCGUGUGAAAUAUGAGUGAAAUAUUUCCCCGAGUUCAAGCUUGAUUUCACACCGAUUUUGUCUCGUCAGCCACUCACAAAGCAUUCGUUACUUAUGCCCCACAAUAGAAGAACUGUACCGCCAAUUGUACUCACAUAGCAUAUAUACCAUUGCACUUACAAUGUAUAUUCACC